AUGAAGUUCGGUCAGACCAUCAAGACGUCGCUCUACGCUGAGUGGGCCGACAAAUACCUUCAAUACUCGGACCUCAAGAAGGAGAUCAAGAAGCGCAUGGCCAAGAACAAUGGCACAUGGACCGACAAGGACGAGGACGAAUUCGUCGCCAUCCUCAGCAAGGAGCUCGACAAGGUCUACGACUUCCAAAAGGUCAAGGUUUCCGAGCUGACUGAGCGUAUCAAGCAGGCUCAGUCCGAGGUCAACCUCCUCGUCUCUUCACGACCUAACUCUUCCACCUCCCUCCCUUCUCGCGCCAACUCUCGUCCCGCUUCACACGCAGGCUCUGAAGCCGAAGGCGAUGACGAUGCUCCUCGUCGACGCAGGAGUAUCGGCCCCGAUGGAAACGCUCUUUACGCUGCUCACGAUGCCGGCUCGGAUGACGAGUUCGACACCGACACCGAAGACAGCGACGCCUUCGAAGAGCGCUUCCUCGAACUCGAAGAGCGUCUCGCCAUCAUCAUUGCCGAUGUCCACGACUUGGCUCUCUUCACCAAGCUCAACUACACCGGCUUCCACAAGAUCGUCAAGAAGCACGACAAGCAGACCGGUCGAUUGCUCCGCAAGGAAUUCGUUCAGCACUACCUCUCCUCGCGUCCCUUCUACAAGGAGAACUACGACCAGCUCAUCGUCAAGCUCUCCAAACUCUUUGAUCUCGUCCGCACCCGUGGUAACCCUGUGCAGGGCGACUCAAGCGCUGGUGGCAACCAGUCCGCCUUCGUCCGUCAGACCACCAAGUACUGGGUUCACCCGGACAACAUUGUGCCGCUCAAGCUCAUCAUCCUCAAGCACCUUCCCGUCUUGGUUUUCAACGCCGACAAGGAGUUCCAGCAGGAGGACUCGGCCAUCACUUCGAUCUACUACGACAACGAAGACCUCGAGCUCUACCUCGGACGUCUCGAAAAGACCGAGGGCGCCGAAGCCAUCCGCUUGCGAUGGUACGGAGGCAUGGACAACAAGCAGAUCUUCGUCGAGCGCAAGACGCAUCGUGAGGAUUGGACGGGCGAGAAGUCGGUCAAGGCUCGUUUCCCCAUCAAGGAGGAGAACGUCAAUGCCUGGAUGAAAGGCGACUACACCAUGGAUGAGACCUUCGAGGCGCUUCGCAAGAAGGGCAAAAAGUCGGACAAGGAGAUCGACUCGAUGCUGCAGCUGGCCAACGAGGUGCAGUACUCUGUCUUGACGCAGAAGCUUCAGCCGGUGAUGCGCAGUUUCUACAACCGAACUGCGUUCCAGCUUCCGGGCGAUGCUCGUGUCCGUAUCUCGCUGGAUACGGAGCUUUCGCUGGUGCGCGAAGACAACUGGGACGGCCGUCAACGCGCUGGUCACAACUGGAGGCGCAUGGACAUCGGCAUCGACUACCCCUUCGACCAGCUGCCUGCCGAAGACAUCGAGCGCUUCCCCUACGGCGUUCUCGAAGUCAAGCUUCAGACCCAAAUGGGCCAGGAACCUCCCCAGUGGAUCCGCGACCUCGUCGCGAGUCAUCUUGUCGAAGCCGUGCCCAAGUUCUCCAAGUUCAUCCACGGAUGCGCCACCUUGCUGCCGAACCGCGUCGACCUCGUCCCCUUCUGGCUGCCCCAGAUGGAGAUCGACAUCCGCAAGCCGCCCUCGAACAGCCUUGCGAUCGAGCGACCUGGCUCUGUCGCCCACAGCCCUGCCACCUCGUCGCGGCCCGACACGCCCGCCUCGCGCAACGGUCACGCGCCGUACAACGAGCCCGUCUCGGAAGACGAGUUCGAGGGCGCGGACGACGACGAGCGCGGACACAUCAUGGCGGACGAAUCGCACGAAGCCGACAAUGUCGGCAUCUCGGCCUUCGACCCGCGCAUCCGCGAGGCGCGGGAGGAGCGCGAGCGCAACAUCCGGUUGCGUCAGCAGGAGAUUGAGAAGCAACUUCGCGAAAACCCGGAUCAGACGUCCAAUGCUGCGGGUGGUAUGCUCGCUGUUGCCUCUGCGUCGUUGCAGACGGAAGGUCGUCGUCCAUCGUUGGCGAAGACCAAAUCGGCCGCUCCGACGCGCGAAGAGAUUCUCGCUCCAUCGCAUCGCUACGACCAUCACUUCUUCUCCAAGCUUACGCCGACCAACAUCCAACGUCUGUGGAAGACCAAGGGUUCCUCGCACGAGCAUCACUCCGAUCUUGAAGACGAGGAGGACGAGGACGAUCGUAUCCGACGCGCCCUUGAGGGGCAAGACGAAGAAGUGCCUCGAGGACCCAACGUCGAAUACGUCCGGUCAUUCACCGCUCAACCCGGCAAGAAAGUCAGCGUUCCCAUUCGCAUCGAACCCAAAGUAUACUUUGCCAACGAACGCACGUUCCUCAAGUGGCUCGAGUUCAAUGUGUACCUCUCAGCGCUCGCUGUGGGGUUGUUGAACUUCAGUUCGCCCGGUGAUCGGACGGGUUUGAUCGCAAGUGCUUUCUUUACGGUCGUCGCCCUGGUGGGAAUUGCGUACUCGGGAGUGAUCUUCCUGGUCAGGGCGAUCAAGAUCAGGAAGAGGGAGAGUAGCAAUAUCUACUUUGACGCGUAUGGACCCACGGUCUUGUGCGCGGCCAUUUUGGGCGCUGUGGUGGUCAACUUUGUGCUUCGGUUCUUGGAGAGCGGGGACAAGAGGACUGCGAGAGGGUUGGCCAACUGA